AUGCAUGUAACAUCACCAAAAGUGACAAGAGUACUUGUAAGUGAAAUUGGGCAGACAGAUCCUUUUCAAACAGAAAAGUACUCAAAUCAAGGUCCAUCACUGCCUCUUGUUGGGUAUGAAAGAUUACUGAAUGAGAUGAGUACAGCAAACACAGGAACACCUGUUAUCUCUUCUCCACAUCUCAGUGCUGAAGCAGCAGUUGGCAAAACAUCAGUUCACAAUACCAGUAUAGCAACUGGUUUGCUCUCAGACAAAAAGUUGACAGAGAUAAAGGAAAAUGCCACCAGGAUACUGGAGUCCUGUGAUGGAAAAUGUCUUGAGCUUCAGCAGUUUAAAAAAGUAUAUAGGGACACUUUUGGUAAGAGAUUUUUGACACCAAAAAAGCUGGAGAAGGUCAAGUCAGCAUUAGAUGAUGUGAUUUUCCUAGAACAAGUUGGAAAGAAAAUAAACAUAAAACUGAGAAAUCAGGCAGAGAAGAGGUCAGAUUCAGCAGAGUCUUCGCAGAGUGUGUCAGAUAACUUAAAUGAGUCUGCCGCAGCUGUUGAAAAUGAGCCAUCCUUAGGAGACACUACAUUGGUUUUAACACCACAGAAACCUGCACUGUCACCUAUUUCUGCUGCUGCAUGUAAAGUGUCGAAUCUGCUUCCAUUGCCACUGCCAACUCAACUGAAUGGUAAACUGCAAAAUAAUACUAGGUUUAAUAAUACACUUAAUUUAUUUGACUUUAACUGGAGCCACUUUGUAAGUUGACAAGUUUCAAGUCUCUGUUGUUGCUGAAAAGUGAAAUUUAGGCUCAGAUGAUUUAAUUCCACCUAGUCAAAGUUUCCUUUGAUUCCUAACUAUAUUCCUAGUUAUUCUUGAUCACGAAUAAUAAGGACCAAGAGAUUCAUUUUGAACUGAGGAUAAUAAAGGUGCUAUAUCUAAAUAGAGGAAAUGCCCAACAUUAACAAAAUUAAUUUGCAUUGGGUCUAGAAUGUUAAAAAGGUCAAAAUUCAAGUUCAUGUAUUUUAUUUUUGACAUGGAUAUGAAAGUGUUUGAGUAUGCAUGGUAUUUGUUUUAUAUCGGAACCACUCUAAAAGAAAUUUAAUUUCACCACUCAAGUACAAUUUUUAAAUUGUUUAGAAAUGAUUAUCGUUAAUCAGGAGACUAAGUAUUCACCAGAAAGGGACAGCUUUGUGCAGUCAAUUGUAACAACUGAAAAGCGUAACAUUGUUUAUCAUAAACAACAUCAAUACCAGUCCUAACAAGAGAAUUCAUCUUUUAUUUUUAUUAUAAAUUAUUUUUCAACUUCUUUAGGAACAGCAAGUUUUAUUGAAAGAGUACCACCAAUUGUUAUAGGGGCAACAGCAAAGCCAGUUCCUUCUCUCCUUGAAAUUAUGGAUCAGCAGCAGACAUUCUUAUUCCUUUUUGUUUAUCCAUCCACAGCUGAUUGGGUGUUUGGGGGUCUCAGCUCAGUAAAAUUCGUCUCCACUGCUGGACAUUUGGCAGCUCAAGCGUUAUGUAGGCCCGGGCGGGGGACUGUGCGCAGUUGGAUUUGACUAGGUUAAAAAAUAAGUUAGGAAUUGCCACGAACAGAAGUGCGAUUUACCUUAACCUCCCUCUCUGGGGGAAGUUCAUCUUCACUGUCCGUCAUUUUCCUACAACUUCACUGUUAGAAAAGACCACAGAAAAGACGAAUUGAUGAAUUUACACGGGCAGCGCACUUGGUCUGUCCGCCAUUUUAGAUAUCGCAAAGAGCGAUGGGUGUAUUGGGAUGAUGGGAGACUAGGAACAAGGAAAUUGGAACGCCUGGUCAAAAUCUUACUUCUCGGAAAUCAAACUGGGCUCAAAAUAGAAUUCUUGGAAGAGGUCAAAACAAGAGAUGUGACAGAAGUCAAGGUUGUCAUUGGUUAAGCAUUGGGCAACGCGGAAAUAGCCAUUGCAUUUAUUGAUAUAAAUUAUGACACAGUCUGUAAAUGCGGCCAUGUUCUUGCCGGUAUUGUUUGACAAUGUUCGCUUAUGAUUUGUCAGCUUUUACUCAAGCUGACUCAAGCGACAUGACCAUGGAUGGCGGAAAUGUUUUCUUAUUAUACACAGUUGAAUUAACAUAGACUUUGAGUAUCUUAAAACAAUACUCAAUUUGAAAGCCCUUCGCUCGAGUGUUUUCAAUAAUGGAAAGUGGUUCUUCUUCCCGGCUCUCAACCAAGAAGUUAACAGAGCUGAAUGAACAGGUCACCAGGAUACUCAAGUCCUGCGAGGGACAAUGGCUGGAGCUCCAUUUAUUUAAACAGGUUUACAAGAAAACUUUUGGGAAGAACUUUGACGCACACUACAGGCAGCUGAAAUCAAAAAAGCUUAAAGAUGUCAUGAAAUGCCUAGAUUCUGUUACUGUACUGGAACAAUCAGAUAUAAUUAAGAUAAUGCUGAAAGAUAAGGUGGAGGAUAGCUCGAUGUCACCAGGACAUGUAACUUCAGUUUCAAGUACAGAUAUUGCAGAACAAAGUAUUUCAUCAGUUUACACAACUCAUAGCCCUCCCCUGUCACCUUUUCCCUCAGCAUCAUUUCAAGGUCAGUACAGUACUGAACUAUAUUAAUUCAUGCAUACUUAUCUAAAGUUAUUUUAAACCCUGUGGCUAUAUGCCAGGCAGCCAGGGUCUUAAAAAUACUGAAGCCUCUAUCAGUGGCAGAUCCAGGGGAGGGGCUUGGGGGGCCUGUUGAAAAUGAGCCAUCCUUAGGAGACACUAUAUUGGUUUUAACACCACAGAAACCUGCACUGUCAUCUAUUUCUGCUGCUGCAUGUAAAGUGUCAAAUCUGCUUCCAUUGCCACUGCCAACUCAACUGAAUGGUAAACUGCAAAAUGAUACUAGGUUUAAUAAUACACUUAAUUUAUUUGACUUUAACUGGAGCCACUUUGUAAGUUGACAAGUUUCAAGUCUCUGUUGUUGCUCAAAGUGAAAUUUGGGCUCAAAUGAUUUAAUUCCACCUAGCCUUACUUUGAAUUCAUUCUCAGUUUUCUUUGAUUCCUAACUAUAUUCCUAGUUAUUCUUGAUCAAGAAUAAUAAGGACCAAGAGAUUCAUUUUGAACUGAGGAUAAUAAAGGUGCUAUAUCUAAAUAGAGGAAAUGCCCAACAUUAACAAAAUUAAUUUACAUUGGGUCUAGAAUGUUAAAAAGGUCAAAAUUCAAGUUCAUGUAUUUUAUUUUUGACAUGGAUAUGAAAGUGUUUGAGUAUGGAUGGUAUUUGUUUUAUAUUGGAACCACUCUAAAAGAAAUUUAAUUUCACCGCUCAAGUACAAUUUUUAAAUCUAGAAAUGAUUAUCGUCAAUCAGGAGACUGAGUAUUCACCAGAAAGGGACAGUUUUGUGCAGUCAAUUGUAACAACUGAAAAGCGUAACAUUGUUUAUCAUAAACAACAUCAAUACUAGUCCUUACAAGAGAAUUCACCUAUUAUUUUUAUUAUAAAUUAUUUUUCAACUUCUUUAGGAACAGCAAGUUUUAUUGAAAGAGUACCACCAAUUGUUAUAGGGGCAACAGCAAAGCCAGUUCCUUCUCUCCUUGAAAUUAUGGAUCAGCAGCAGAGAGAAAUUUCUACAAACGAAGGCCUAGAUGUGCCUCCUAUCGGAUAUGAAAGGUUACUUAAUGAGAAGAGCACACAAAGAAAAGGAACACCAGUUCUCCCCUCUCCACAGCCCAAUCCUUCAAGGGUUAGGAAGGUCGGCACACCUGGUCCUUUUGAAAAGUCAAUUAACCACGCCCAGCAGAUAACUGGUACAAUUACGCCAAAAACUAGUAGGACUGACUGUUCUCUUCAAGAAGUUAACAAAGCAGCAGAGGAUAUCAUUACCUCUUUGUCAGAAGAGGGUAGAUUUGUUUCCCUUGAGGAGGUAAAAGCCAGACUCUGCAAGGAAUUUGGAAAGUCGAAUUUCAGAGCAUUUGGAUUUCGAAAAGACAAUGCUAUUCCUGCCCUUCAUGAACUUAUCCAAUUGCAAGCUAAAGUGAGUAACUGCUCAAAUUCGUUCCCAGGGUUCUAGUAGUAGGAGAGCAAGAGACCCAUGGGAAUGAGGUUAACAACUGCAUGCUAGAGAGGUGCACGUUAUAAACAGUUGUGCAUUUGGGAAAAACACCUAUUCAUGAAAGAUUGUGCCCAUACCUGGGAACACAGUGGUUGAUUUGAGAAGAAGUGAUAGAUUAAGCAAUGCAUGUUGUGGAAAAUUUAACCCUGCAUAAAUUACUCGCCUUAAAGCCAACUACAGUUAGACAUGGUCUUAUUUCCAUAAGUGGNUUAUUUUUAUUAUAAAUUAUUUUUCAACUUCUUUAGGAACAGCAAGUUUUAUUGAAAGAGUACCACCAAUUGUUAUAGGGGCAACAGCAAAGCCAGUUCCUUCUCUCCUUGAAAUUAUGGAUCAGCAGCAGAGAGAAAUUUCUACAAACGAAGGCCUAGAUGUGCCUCCUAUCGGAUAUGAAAGGUUACUUAAUGAGAAGAGCACACAAAGAAAAGGAACACCAGUUCUCCCCUCUCCACAGCCCAAUCCUUCAAGGGUUAGGAAGGUCGGCACACCUGGUCCUUUUGAAAAGUCAAUUAACCACGCCCAGCAGAUAACUGGUACAAUUACGCCAAAAACUAGUAGGACUGACUGUUCUCUUCAAGAAGUUAACAAAGCAGCAGAGGAUAUCAUUACCUCUUUGUCAGAAGAGGGUAAAUUUGUUUCCCUUGAGGAGGUAAAAGCCAGACUCUGCAAGGAAUUUGGAAAGUCGAAUUUCAGAGCAUUUGGAUUUCGAAAAGACAAUGCUAUUCCUGCCCUUCAUGAACUUAUCCAAUUGCAAGCUAAAGUGAGUAACUGCUCAAAUUCGUUCCCAGGGUUCUAGUAGUAGGAGAGCAAGAGACCCAUGGGAAUGAGGUUAACAACUGCAUGCUAGAGAGGUGCACGUUAUAAACAGUUGUGCAUUUGGGAAAAACACCUAUUCAUGAAAGAUUGUGCCCAUACCUGGGAACACAGUGGUUGAUUUGAGAAGAAGUGAUAGAUUAAGCAAUGCAUGUUGUGGAAAAUUUAACCCUGCAUAAAUUACUCGCCUUAAAGCCAACUACAGUUAGACAUGGUCUUAUUUCCAUAAGUGGUAAAUAUCAGUAGCUUGAAAUAGUUGACUAACAAACCUGAGGCCGACUGUAACUUUGAUAGCCACAUACUCAGUUAACUUGAACUUCCUUUUUUUAACUAAGGUAAGCUUGUUUGUUCAUGCCUACGUGAUGACAAACAGUAUCUGCACACUUCACGAACUGAACCAGAGCCUUGCAGACUUAGGAUCCAAGUCAGACUUUGAUGAACUAAAGUUGGGCCCCCUGUUACAGCAGCCUGUGGUGUAUGACAUGUUCAAGCCUCCAUCAGACCUUCCAUCUUUGCCUAACAUAACAACCAUUCAGAUCCUAAAACAUUUGGAGAAGUACAUGACUCAAGAGGAUUUGUGGCGCAAGAAAGUGGAUUUGAAACUUUUUCUUGAUUAUCUAUGUGAACAGUAUGACUGUGAUACUCCAUAUGAACUCGGGGUCCGAAUACAGAGUGUUGGAUUGGCAAUUUCGGUAUGUUAAGACCGUAAUUUAUCAAACCAACUCAAAACAUACUGCUUAAUUUAUUUAAUAUCACAUAGCAAAACCAAGAAGCAAGUCGAAAAUGCCACGCGUAAUGGAGUUUUUUUUUUGCCUCUUGUAGCUUUUUGUUUUUAGAAAAGGAACUUUUUCAUAGAAAACUGUCGGGUUUACAGUUUUUUCUCAAUUGAUCAGGUCCUGUCAGUUUAAGCCAUAGCGCGUAAAUAAAAACGUUUAUAUGUACUCACAUACUAAGCGUUCUGUAGGCAAGUAGUCGUUACUUUUUAGAGAAUUCAACAAGAAAAAUUAAAAGUAACGUUAUUCGACGUUUCCGAUGUGUUCAAACACUUGAACACUUAACGUUUUUUCAGUCUUGAUAAUGAUGUUGGAUACAUCGAAACGUCGAAUAACGUUACUUUUAAUUUUCGUAUUUGUAAUAGAUGUUAAAAUUGCUACAUAGUGGUUUUGCUUCUUUUGCUGAUAGGUGAUAAAAAGUGCCAAAAAAAGUGAGAGCGAAAGAUGGAAGACUAUCAGAGAAGAGGUCUUACUGGAAAUGGAUAAGGAGAUCAAGAGAAACAUGCGAAAAAUCCAAAAGGAUCUUUUAGGACAGGAACUUGGUGAUCUGAGGAGCUGUGUGAUGAAAUUUCUUGAUGUGUCUCCUGUUGACGCCCUUAAUGAGAUAUUUCAAUGCUCCAUGCAACUAUUUUCAAUCAAACACCAGAAAAAAAUUUCAGAAUUCUUAACCACCAUCACAAAAGAUUCCUUGGGAAGGCAGUUAUUUCAGCUGGCUCUUGCUAUGAGCUGCAAGCAUCUCCUUGGUGAUACUUUUGAACAACUAGUGGCAAAUGAAGUACAGAAACAAGUCGCCAGCGCUGUGGUUGAAUGCCUCAAUGAACCACCCACCCCUCCCAGUGAAGGUUUGUUGAAUUGAACCUUGAUCAUUAUGAAGCAAAGAACUCGUAGCACCCAAAAACUGGCAAAACUUUGAAUGUUAUAGGUGAAGAAUUAUUGUGCUGUGAAUCGGCUUUUGCCUCGUUACGUAUAAGAAGCGCACUUCUUGUAGAUUUUAGAUUGUUAAGUUGUAGUUAAAGUUAACCUAUUGAAUCUAAACAGUUGCGAUAUAAUUUAAAUAGGCUCUAUUUGGUAAUGUUUUUAGUACAGUCUAAUCUCAGUAUUAUUUCAGUAAUGGUCCAGAUAAGAAGGCAAAAGCCAAAACGCAAUGAGCACUUCGGAAUGCAAAAAGGUGGUAACUUUACUCACUGUCUCUACAAUGGUUCUGAUUGGUUUAAACAACAAAUUUUACGAAAUCUUCGCAAAGCAGCAUGUUUAGUAAUCCCUUUUUUUCUAUUUAACUUCUUUCUAACAAAAUCUCGUCUAAGUCUAAGUAGCACAGAAAUCCUAUGUGCGGAACAUGUAAAAUUGCAAACUUUUCUUGGCUGUUGUUUCUAACUCUUAUGAUUGGUCGAAAUCUUUUAACACAAAAAACACCCACAAAAGUGGAGUUUAAAUACAUUUUAUUUUGUAAACUGCCUUUUGGUAGGUUUAUGCAUUUUCUGCGUAAAAAUGGAAAACAUUUCUAUGUGAGGAAAGCGUGUUGCGCCACAACAAAAAGAAUUGCUUUCCUUCUCACCCGAAUAGGAUUUUAGGACUGGUAUGAAGGUUUGGUAUCUGUUGUAUUGAAUGUGAAAUUUUUCUUGUCAUAGCUGAGUUUAUCUUUUUACCUAGUCAUUAAUCUAUUUCUUUACCCUCUUUUUUACUGUAAUGAAACAAUGCACUCAAUUGUUCUUCUUUACUCUACGUAAAGUGUAAUUUGAUUUGCUGUAUGCUUACUUCCACUCUUCUUUAUAAGCCAUAGUUAAUUUUAAAGAUACAUUCCAGGGCCAUAGCUAGGGGUCAUUAUCGCGAGUGCCGAAGGGACGAACCUUGUAGAGGGGUUCUAGGAGUAUCCUCCCUCAGAAAAUUUUCAAAUUUGGAGGCUCAGAAACGCUAUUUUCGGCACUUGUCAUGAGAUGUCACCGAAAAAUCGACCUCGAAUAUGAAAAUGGCAAACAAUUGAGAGUCACUAUAAUGAAAAUAACUUUGUUCUAAGAAAAACGAAUCCAUCCACAGACUUGAUUUGUCUGGCUCAACAGGUCCGGGGGGUGGGGCAGCUGCCCCCCUUACCCCCCGCUAGCUACGGCUCCGCAUUCGCUUGAUAGUGAAUAUAAGAUGAUACCAUGAGGUCGACUUUUAACGCUCUUAAUUACCUCUUUCUGUUUCACUAAAUCAUUGUAGAUCAGAAGUCAAUUUUUAGUUAAUUUUUUUCGGUACCUUUCAUUUUCUUUAUCUCCCUGCCUCCUAGAUUACUUCACUACCUGCCACGCCAGGUCAACGUACCUCAAACUAUACCUCUCCAAUGGGCUAAGUAAGCCAAAAAGAAUGUUUCUUUGUGUUGGACAUUUGUGGGACCAUGUUCGAAAUAGAGAUGUCUAACUGAAGGGCUGAAAAUGAUGUUCAUUUUUAUUUAUUUAUUUUUUUUUUGAAAAAGGCGAAGUCGUUGAAGAAGUAAAACAGUGGCUGGCUAAAGCUGAUCACUUGGACCUUACGAGACUGGCACGUAUUGAAGGAAAUGUUGUCAACAAAUUUCCAGAAUUUAACAGCUUCGAGGAGCUUGGUUAUGGUUCUUUUCUGAAAUUCUUAUCAUCACAUAAGGAGCUUCAAGAGGCCACUGAGCAAGUUAGUGGGUUUGGUCGAUCGGAAAGAAAAGGAACAAUGUUUGGCCAUCCAGUGUCGCUUCACAGUGUUUUAGAUUUUGUAUCUCAGUUUGGAACCCAAACUUCACAUGUAAGUUAUUAUUUUCGAGAGAUUUGUGUUUACAUUUAACCUAGUAAGAUUUUGACUAAGUAAUAUGCGCAAUAUUAUUAAAGAUGCAUAGGGGGAUGGAAAAAGGUUGUGAAUAGGUGAUAUAGUGCUCUGUGUUGAUCAGAUUUGCGUGAGGCAGCGGGAUGAACAGAAAUCAUUGUAUGGCGUCAUUAAACUGUCUUAACUGAAAAUCUUAUAUUGUAAUGUUAUGGUUACGUUGUACAUGAAUUACUUCUCGUGGGAUUUUCAAACAUCCCAACAUGAAUUUAAAACAAUUCUCAUGCAAAGUUUGAAGGGAGAGGGAGUAAUGGAACGUAUCAUGGGACAAUAAAGCUUGGAUCUUUUUUGUUUUAUCCAAUCAAAACUGGAAAAUCUUAAAAGACUUAGACACGAUAAGUAAAAUACCCAAUAACAAGGAUUAGCACUGUUGGUUAGGGCGUGGCCUUCUGUACGGAUGGCUUCUUUUCGUGUAGCUUCAAGUAGCUUUAAUGAGCGCACCGUUGACGUAUGGUCUGUCAGGGGACUGUUACGAGUUACCGACAUAUAAAAAAUUUGGAGCAGUACUUUUUUUUUUACCUUUUGCCUUUUAACCUCAACGUGUCAAAAAUAGCUCCUCUAUCAAUUUUUAGCACUGAGUAGCAUAAUUUGUGAUCUGGGCAGUUUUUCUUUUAUGUUUUUAUUUUCCUGAUUUUUUUUUAGGAGAUCAUCGAAAGGAGUCUUUGCACUUACUACGGUAUGAACAAAGUAACAGAUCUUGAGUUGGGCUCCUUCUCAAACAUUCUGAAAAAAACUAAAGAUCGAAAGAAGGAUUUGCCGCGAUCAGCCACUCCAUUAGUGGUAUAUGAAGCACCCUAUAUAUGUCAAGACUCUGGUGCUAGCGCUGGUACAGAGGAACAUAACAGCAGUGUUCUUGGUUAUAUGAGCAAAGAAGACGCAAUAGCUGCAAUUAGAAGCACUCCGCUGUUGGAAGAUGUGGCGCUGUGGACUCACUGGGACGAAGUGUAUGGCGGUGAUGUGUCCAAACUUGGUGACUUAAAGUCAUUUUUGGAAAAUGAAGAAAUCCUUAUAAACGCUGGCAAGUCAUCCACGGGUCUCGUCCAUGGGUCAGCUCUUGCUGUGAUGGAAAGUUCACCAGGAGUACUGUUACGUGUAACUACCAAGACAUCUACUGACAUCUUCAGAGACUGCGCAAGUCGUGGUGAUCCAGUUGGAGCCGCUGGUCAUCUGGUUUCUAUGGUGAUGAUGAAUGGUGGUGUUGCUAACACUCCUGUUGCGCUCUUGUCAAAUCACGUGCAAUCUGCACUAGCAGCAAUGACGUCCCAUGAUCGCUGCUGUGAUUUUGUUCUCCGGUGUUUAGUGCGCAUGCCUCGCAGACUAGCACAGGCUGUUGGAAUGAAGGUGAGGCAAUAUACAUUUAGUAUUUAUUACUAACUUUAGCAACAUAAUAUUAUUUAAGUAAGUGGAUAAAGAAAGCAGGGGUAAUUAAAAAGCGUGUCUUAACAUAUUUGCUUAUGGGGAUCUAAAAAAUAUUUACAAGACAUCGUGUUGUUUCUUGAUUCAUUUUAGUUCUAGCUGGAACAAAAAGCAGCCGCAUCAAUUCUCUCCUUCUGAACAUUACACCGUACUCUUUAUCACAACCCAGUAGUUAAACAUAUUUCUUUAUUUACUGUUACUGGGAAAUGACCGUUACCAAGAGGGUUAGAGUGCAAGAUUUUUUUUUCUCACCUAAGGAAGUGCGUCGGUGGCCUCUCUAACUCUUCAAAGCCUCUCGAUCUUCAUCUGCCUUGUAACUUAAUUUUUAAGUCACCUGGCGUUUUUGUGCUAUUUUUUUUUUUCAGGUUUUUUAUGAGCCCCUGAAUAAGUUAAUUGGCUCAACCGAGGCUCCUUUGCUUCUUCUUUCGAACUGUUCGACCCAGAUUCAGCGCAGCCGACUUCAUCAACUGGGAUUUGCUUUGGGCAUAAGUCAAUGGAUUGAAAAUUUUCAUGAACAGGUCUCUGGGGAAGACGUUGGUUUCAGUCAAGUUCAAGAACAAAAGAGGCCGAUUGCUGUGGUGAAACCUGUACCAUCGUCUACUGAACAGACCAAUCAGCUACAGCUACCUGUAGCAGAGGUUAGUAAGAGGAUAAAAAAGGUGUCCAACAGAUCCUCAUUUCAUGAUUCCUCUCACGUUCACUGCCUUUACAACCUGUACUAUUUAUAUCCCCUCAGUGUUGCAAGCGACUAAUUUGGAAACAAGUACAAAGCGGUACCAUUAGAAAAAUAUAGCCGGGAGUCAAAAUCCAAAUUGCCCAGAAUUUCAAUUUCGGCUAAAAAAUACGAUUCUUUGUCGUCCAAGUGAAAGGGAGUUUAUGAUAAAGUACAGGACUGAAGUACUGUUUUUGUUCUUACAACAUCACAGGAUUCUCUACCUGCCCUGGAAAAUGUUAACGAUAUAACAGUUCACUCCGAAGAAGCAAGCAUUGAAGUUGAUGAUGAAGAAGAUGGUGUGUAGAUGUAUUGUCUUUCUUUUUUAUGUCUUUCUGUGCAACUGUUCUUUGCCUCCUUAGCUCAAGUAAGGGUCAGUCGAACCUCCCCGUUUAACAACUACCUGUCGAAAACGACCGCCUUUAUAACACAUCAAAAUAUUACAGUUAAGUAACCGCAUCUACUCUUUUGACAUGUGGUCUACGUUAACUGUAUGUAUAAUACAACUCAGAGUAUGCCAGGCACGUUUGAGGAUAACAGGAUACUGCUUGCAUUGUAACUAAGAAAAAACAUGAAAAUAAUCUAACGGGAGGUUCGAUUGUUUAAUCCAUACGUGAACACUUAACGUAAACGGAAAACACAGAGUCCGUCAGGAGGGUCUAUCCACGAUGGAGUUAGAAGUUGUUUAUAUUGUGCUGCGCAGUAAUGUUCUUGAGUUCAUAUGACUUUAUACCCAAUGUUUUAAGGUCUUUUACGAGUAUAGAUUAAGAAUUUCGCAAGUUACUCAAUAUCUAAACUCAAAAUGCUUUGAUUUUUCUAGCUGUAACUUUGAACGUUGACACGGAACAGUCACCAUCUGUUGCACUUGGCACUGAAAAUGAAGACGAGUGCAGGGCAGUAAUCGAGCAGAUUCGCCGAGAAGAGUUUGGAAUUGGUCUUGAACUUGGAGAGGAGGAAUCCAAACUUGUCCAGCGACAAAGGGAGCGAGAAGGGCGUGGUUUACAUCGUCUCUCGACAGAGCUUUACUCAAGAGAUACACACUUUGUUUUGGAGCUUGUACAAAAUGCAGAUGAUAAUUCCUAUCCUGAAAACAUCUCUGAUACGGGAUACCCGUCCCUUGUAUUUGUUCUCGAGCGAGAUAAGAUCGUGGUCCUAAACAACGAAGUUGGAUUCGUGGAGAACAAUAUUCGAGCGUUGUGUGAUGUUGGAAGAAGUACAAAAGGGGCUCAUCGCUAUGGAUACAUAGGUGUGCUGUUUUUUUAUAUGAAAGGAAAAAUACCAAAGCUUAAGUUUAUCCUUAAAAUAAAAAGUUUUAAAGAGAAGUAUUCUGAUCGGUUUAAUAACACACAGUUUGUAAAACUUACGGCUCUCCUCGUGUCUCUAACGAGGUAAGAUGCCUCUACUUUUUUUAUUAAACUAAACGCAAUUUAACGAGCCAAAACCUCAAUGUUUCUCCGUAGGGCAAAAAGGCAUCGGAUUUAAAUCAGUAUUUCGAGUCAGUGAUUGUCCAGAGAUCCAUUCCAAUGGUUUUCACAUUCGUUUUGACGCCAAGAGUGGUUCUAUUGGAUACAUACUUCCGCAAUGGAUUGAACAGGAAUGCCAAGAAAAGCAGACGUGUGAUGACAGAGAUGAAAAUACACCGGACAGCAGUCUCCAUGAAGAUACUGACGCUGCAAGAGCUGAGUAUGCCAGGUACACUGAUUUUAAUCUCCUCUUUCGUUAAAGUCGCAUUUAUCUCGUUUACCUCGUUUUUUCUUUUCUUUUUUUUUUCGGAAAUCAGAUGGUCUACUUGCAUUGUCCUUCCAUUGAAAGAGCAGCAUCAAGGGAUAGAAAAGACUUCAUUAGCUGCUCGGUUCCGUGAUGUUCAUCCAUCACUACUGCUUUUUCUCCAUCGUUUGAGAUCAAUUAGCAUACAAGACAAGGUAAUAACAAUAUUGGCAGUAGACCGUAAGCAAGGUAUUAACAAUAUUGGCGGUAUACCGCAAGGGGCCAGCCAUGAGUAAUAACUUGAUAAUAAUGCAAAUUUCAAAAAGUAUUGACAUGAACAUAACAAGAAUCAUUUUCAACGUUCAAUUUCCCUCUUUUUUUUUUUUUUACAGGUAAACAACAUUUGCCGUGAUAUGAUUAGGAAAGAUUUAAGUGAUAACAUUAUGGAAAUAUCUCACAGUCGUGGUACAGACCGCUGGUUAGUUUUAAAGAAACAGCUGGAUGCAUCACAUGUAAGAAGCCCGCAAACCUUGCUGAGUUAUUUGCUCCUUUAGUUCCUUAUCAUUUUGUCCGGCUGUAUUGCGAUGUUUGUCCAUACGGUCCAUUGCUUUCGUGGUGCGAAUGAAAGAAUCCUUCAUUGCUAGUCGUUCAUGACCUCUUUUAUUUUGUUUUCAGAUGAAAGAAGACGUUGAGAUGACGGAGCUGGCUCUGGGUUUUCCGCUUUUCGAUGAGCAAAACUUAAGUUCAGGAAGAAGACACCAGGUAUAUUUGAUCCCAUUCUUGAUACUGAUCAACCUUGACAAGGCUGGUGGUAACAGUGAUUUUCCAAGCUAUUCAAAAAUCAUAGUUUUGAAGUAAACAGUUUAUCAUGAGUUGAUUUAAAUCUUCAUUCAGCUAACACCUGUUAGUAUUGCAGUUCCUUUGAAAGCAGUGGUCAGUUCUAUUUCAAACUUGCGUGAUCAUUUAAGACGUAUAAGACAUUAACAGUAUCAUCUUGUCUAGACAGCACAUACGUUUUCUCGUUAUAAACAACUUCUAGACAUAAGUUUUAUUUUUGCAAUCGACGUGCUUGUUAAGAAUAUGUAAGAGCUUUAGGCUAUUUAUCUGUCACAUCUGGUGUCAUUUUGCAGAAGUUGCCGCAGCAGCACGUGUUUGCUUAUCUCCCGCUCCGAAGCUAUGGGUUUCGGUUCAUCAUUCAAGGUGACUUUGAAGUGCCUUCAUCCAGGGAAGACGUUGACAAAGAUAAAUCUUGGAACCAGUGGCUAAGAGAGGAGAUUCCUCAACUCUUUGUUGACGCUUUAUCCAUUUUUAUGGUAGGUACUCAAAUUAUAUUUUUCUUCUAAUGGAAUAUCGGCUUGUUUCCUUUUGUUUGUUGAAUCUGCCUUUAAGAUACUUCGCUUCCUUGCGCCAUCCCCUCCUUUGCAUCACUGACCUUCGCUUUAUUUCGAUUAUCGCAGCCAAGACUUGUUUACGUCAAUCUACGAGCAACCGUUUGUCUAUGAAUAGGGCCCAAAACUGAGAUCCGCAUUUUGUACAAUGGAGCAGUUUUUUUAAACUACACAUGCCCAUCCCCUUCCCCAACCUUACAUACAAGGUUCAACCUGUGUCUUUUCCAGACAUUCAACAUUGUACAGGGAGGAAGGGUGGGACCCCAAAGCAUUUGAUAAAUAAUAGCACUGCUUUAGGAAGUUAUUCUAAAACAAAUGGCAUGAAUGUCCCAGGGUCUUUUUGUCCAGGAUUGUCUGAACUUUUGGUCGUGCUCGUUUUGUAUUUUUCUACGCUCUCUUAGCAUCGUGGACACAAGCAGUGAAACAUACGGGAUUUCGACCACCUUAAAAACAGCGUCAUAAGUUACUUGCACAGCCAUUCCCAAAAAUGGCUAGUACGAGCCCAGUGCCCCAUGAGCAAGAGGAGAGUAAGCGGCCAGACUAUAAACCAACAAUCUGAGAAAAAUGGACGUUACCAUGUCUAGUUUCAAGAUAAAGCUUUUGAAAGCACUGACAACCAUAAAUACUCACCCUUCCCCCCAAAAAAACAAUGUUGAAGUCCAGCUGGAUCAUUUUUGAUCCCGACUAAACAACUUUGAUGAGGGAGGGGCCGUAGCGGUACCAUACCCGCGGGAUAGGCGUUCAGUGGGUAAGAAAGUGCAAAAUUCUCAACACUUUUUGACCACAAUUGAAGGUCUUUAACAAGUCAAGCUGAUGGUUAUGCUUACUGUUAUGCUUGUUAAGACCUUGUCGGAGUCGGAGAAGCCUCAUGGAAUGAAACCUUUUUUAACUUCUUCAAAGAGAAAAGACUCGGAGCAAGGCAAAGAAACAUUUUAGGAGUUUCAACAGAAGUUUCAAACGUUGCGCCCUGCUGGAGCAGUUCUUGAGUUGAAAAUGAAAGCUCAACUAGCGGUUAAAACCAAAAAAGGGCGCACUGAAAGGUAAUCGCAAUCCUUAAAUAAAGCUAUCAGGUACCUAUAAAAGCGUCGAAGAAAUAUAACAUAAAUAUCCUGAACGUAGUGCUUGGACUCUGUAAUCCGUUUUCUUUGCUUGAUAAACUUCUCUGAGCCGUUGUUUUGUUAACUUUUAUUGACCGUCAUGUGCGCGCAGCGUUCGUAAGACGUACCUAUUCCGUGUAAGAUGGCGAGCGUGUCCAGUGCAGUGCCUAGUCUCCGCGCGACGUGCAAGAGGUCUAUUCAAGGAAAAGCAGAUUAAAAUAUCCAUGGUACUUUUCGAGCAUCUGCGGAACGAAAGAUCCGCCGGUGUCCCCUUUGUGUUUAGGAAUGGGCCUGUUUCUGGCCCACGGAAGUAUAUUGGCAAAGUCAAUAAAAUAAAACAAAAAAAAAUAAGCACAACACAAUGCAAAGUCAGGAUCGAUUUUAUUAUUCUGUUUCAGGAACACUCAUCCUUUUCAAGACUGUCAUGCGCGGCUACAUACUUCCAAUUUAUACCUCUUGAAGAAGAAAUCUUAGGUUUCUUCACACCUGUCGCUAAGCAGAUAUUAACUCUCCUUCAAGGCAAGCCCUGCAUUCCAGCGACAUUGGCCAGUCCAGAAGCCGAACAACCACAGAAUGUACAGAAUAGCUACGAGUGGGUCCUUCCUUGCGAGGCAAUUUUUUGUGAUGACCCUAUAGUACAACAAGUUGUCAGUGCCUCUAAACUCAAGGAACACUUGGGAUUACGGUACCUUCAUCCAGGUAUAUCAGCAGCCCUUAAUCCAACCCUAAGAUCACGACUUGGAAUUGAGACGCUAUCAAGCAAGCACUUGAUUGAAAUCGGCAAGGAGGAGGUGAAGAAACUUUCCCUCAACAGCGAUUUGGCCAUAUCCGAUGGCGGCGAACGCAAAACCGAUGUUGGGAAGAUAGCUUGGUUGGCUCAGUGGUUACAGUGUAUGUACAGAAGUCUUGAUCAGGAGCGAAACAGCAGUGAAGACAUGUUGGAUAUGAUCGGUUCUCUUACUGUUAUCCCCUUAACAGAUGGAACUUUCGUUGAUCUUAAGGGAGAUUGUGUUUUUCUGCCGUUGUCAAUGAAGCUCGCAGGGGAAGCAGCCUCUAAGAAAAAGAAAAGUUCUAGUAAGUGGAGAAAACUUGUAAUUUGUGUUUGUUAAGUAUUCUUCAAUUACUCUUCUAGGUUUAUUGGGUAUCCAACCUAGUGUCCACGUUAUCAGCCACGUUUGUCUUGUAUGCUCUUGUGUUUGAUACAGAAAAGUAGGUAGUCUUCCUGGGUUUUAGAACUAGGAACACCGUUGAAGGUUUUUAAUAAAUGGGGAAAUUUUAUAGGUUGAGUGUGGGGCCCUAUAAGCCUUACUAACAAACGGGGAAAAGACCUACUGCGGAUAUAAUCCUUUGUAUCGCUUCUUAUUCGUUAAUACUCAUGAUGAACAAGUUACUUUUACAUUGUUCAGAAUAUAAGAUUUAACUAUUACAUUGCUUUCGUUUUAGGUGCAAAAUCUAAUGAGCAGACUUACUUUAGUGUUCUUGAGAGAGAUCUGUCCACUGUGCAUCCAGCUUUGUUUUCUUCACUUGAUGAUAUUGGUCGCAGUCAGGUAGAACAAUUGUUACGCCGCCUGGGUGUCAAGAGUUGGAGUGCAAGAGAUCUCAUCAACAGUCACAUACUACCGACUUUAAAGUCUGACAAGUGGAAGGUACGUGAACUAAUUUAGUUUGUUAAUCACUGCGUUCUCUUUCUUCAGUAAAAUCUAUUACUACAAUUUUUUUUCUGCAACAUAAGAGAGAAGAGAUUCCUUGUAUUCGUUUUACUUUAAGUAAUAGAGCAGCUUUAAACCUAUAUUCUAACAUGUUGUCACUUUGAUUGGGUUGUUCGUUUUGCGAUAGGUUACGAAUUUCUUGGCUUUUGCAUGACGCGGCAUUUUUAUGGUUUCCGAUAGAGCUGUCGUGUAGUUUAAAAAUGUGACUUAUAUUUUGGGGAGAAUUUGACAUCUAAUAGUCCUUCUGUUAGAAAAUGUAUUACUCUAAUGUUGUUGAGUUUCUCAAGGGAUGAAUUCACGCUAUUUUAACAAACCUCAGCACCAUUUGGAUGAAAACCAACAUGGCGCCUCCCCCUCGGUCGCACUUCCCAAUUUCCCUAACCUAUUUUCACUGUUAGAAUAACCACGGAUUUUGCCUGCGUGCCAUGCUGGUAUCCUCGUGGCACCCACAGGGCAUUACAGACAAUCAUGUGGAAGCCUGUUUAAGCCAGCUAUCCUGUGAUUUCAGUCUGUUUUGCCAAGUAACGCCGUUCUUAGCCGGGUUAUAAUUUUUGAGUGAGUUUCUUUUCGCGUCGCCGAAGCCCGCGACUUGGCAAAGUUUUUCGUCGUCAGUUCGGACUUAGAAAGAGUCUCGUGGUGUGUUGGACCUUGGAAAGAGUUUGUUUGUAUGUCACAUUUUUUUGCUGUUGUGUUUUUUGGUUGGGCCUUUUUCCCUUCCUGCCCCUGCCGUGACCAGAAGGCAAAUCUUAACCACUCCCUAUAACCCGUCUCAGGAUAGGUUCCUGGUCCGGUCGGGCUAGCGAACGGGUGUUGCCCUUUCUAAUGUAUUUUUUUACGUUGUUUUGUUUUGUUGUUGUUGUUGUUGUUUACGGAUGUGCGUGUGGGCACAUCCAUAUCAGGUUACCUAUCCCCCUCUUUCUUUUCUUUUAAUAAUAAUAAUAAUAAUAAUAAUAAUAAUAAUAAUAAUAAUAAAAACAACAACAACAACAACAACAACAACAACAACACAUUCAACCAGGGUAAACCCGUCAGCGGAAGCUGUUAUAAAUGGGUGCCCUAAGCAACUAAAAAACUAACAAUUAAAGGGAAAAAAUAACUAUAACAGAUCGACUAUCAGAAAAAUGUAAAAACUAUGUACAAUGUUGGUGGAUAAAAAUUAAGAAAUAUAUAACUACAUAAAUUAAGACUCUAAAAAACUCCAAAAGAUUUACCAGAAAUCUAAAAAAUAAUAUCAUUAAGCUGUGUUUUAAAAAUCACUAUGGAGUCAUAGAUGCGCUGGCAAGUUAUUGAAAUCCUGGGUACCAGUAUAAAAUGUUCCUUUCUUGGUAGAUUCUGUACGGACUUUAGGAAUUAAAAUAUCUAAACCAUUACACCUAGUGGAAUAAACGUGUGAAGACUUAAUAAAAUAACACUUAAAAAGAUCUGGAGCAAUGUCAUGGAGACACUUCAAAACAAAAGUUAAAUUGUGCAUAGUAGAACUCGCCGUAAGGGACUUCCAACGUAAUUGGCGUAACAGUUGAUGGUGACUAAGAGUGCUAUCCUUCUGAAAAAUUAUUGCAGCCCUCGUUUGAAUUUGUUCUAAAGAAUUAUAUCUAGAAGGAGCUAAGGUGUUCCAAAGAAAAUCGCAAUAAUCUAACUUGGGAAGUAUCAUGGUUGUAAAGACUCUUUCCACUGCAUAGACCGUCAAGUUAUUCCUCCUUUUCUCAGUUUCGAUUGUUUUAGAGCUGAUCACGGUGGCAAAAUAUCUCUUCCCGUAACUUAGUUUCGCGAAGACAGUAAGUGGUUCUUCUGACAGUGAAAAUAAAUCAUUAUUUUGCUCCGGAGACAGUAACACUGAUCCAAACAGAAAAAUGCUUAACUGUCUUGCUGUGGAAACCACAAAAACAAACGGGGCUUUCUGUACAACCUAUUUUAAAAAGAUAAUAGUUAAGCGCACAAGUGACAAAACGUGGAAAAUUGCAUUAAAUCUAUCAAUAGCAAAAUCAUAAGUAGCGUUAUAACUAGGCACAUUGUAAAAGGAAGAUAAAGCUUGUUUAAAAGAACCAAUGGAUUUGAGACAACGUAUAUCAAUACUAAUGUCAUUCCACAAGGUAGUAGUACAGGGAAAACAGAUCUUUUAAAACGCUCAGUGUGGCUAGCGAGAAGAUGAUGCCAUUCGUAGGGAGUAAUUUGUUCAGUUUCACUAACUUGUAAGGGUAAUAAAUCAACAAAAAACUGGGACAAAGAUUAUUAACGAUCUUAAAAUAUAACAGCAGUUCAUGAGUGGCUUUUCUUGUUUUGAGAUCUUCCCACCUAAUUUCUUUCCUGCCUCAUAUUGCUCAUGCUCGAGGAGAUCGCUCUCACUUUCAGUUCACCCAUCCCAUAACACAUCCGCGUAUUCCAGUAGAGGACGCGCCAAGUAGUCCUCUCAACCUUUUACUCUAUACCUUUCAGCUUAUUAAGUCUCUUAGAGGCUUUCUCAUAAAUCUUAAAGAUAUGGGCUCUCCAAGAAAGGUUGUUGCAAAGAACAACACCUAGAUGCGUAUUUUGUGAGACUUCGAUAAUUUUUGCGUCACUGUAAAGUAAAUUCGGGUGAAGUGGCUUCAUUCGUGUUACUGAGAAGGUCAUACAAUCAGUCUUCGUGGGGUUGAUAGUAACAAGCCAUUUCCGAGCCCAGUCUUUGAUCUCAGAAGUAUCAUUAUUAAGUUUUAGCGAAGAAGUGAUUGCGUCAUCUACAAUGUCAAAAAGAGAGGUGUCAUCAGCAAAAGGCAAUCAGAUUUAAGUUUCUCGGUAACGUCGUUAAUAUAAAUUAAGAAUAACAAUGGACCAAGCACAGAUCCUUGAGGUACAUCAGCGGAGACAUUGCUUCAGUUCGACGACUGUCCAUCAAUAACCACUCGUUGCUUGCGAUGAGAGGGCUAAUUCGUUAGCCAAUCUAGAAGAGGGUCUCUGUUGCCGAUUGAUUUCAAUUUGAACAGAAGACCCUUGUACCACACUCUAUCGAAAGCUUUGCUAAUAUCAAGAUAAACCAUUCUGACUUCUUUGCCGCGUUUGAAUGCUUCGUUAAUUUUGUGUACUAUGUAAACCAACUGACUGACUGUUGAAUCCCCUGGACGAAAACCUGACUGCAGCGGAUUAAGAAAAUUAAUAUCCAACAGGAAAUUGUACAAUCUGGUAAACACGACCUUUUCAAUUAUUUUAGAAAAGGCACUUAAUAUUGAAACAGGACGAUAAUUUGAUUUCAUUUAACGGUCCUCCUUUUUGAAUAUUGGAGUGACAUUAGCUUGUUUCCAAUCAUCAGGAAAUGCUCCGGUCGUAAAAACCUUUGUUAUGCCGUCAUCACAAAUUUUAAUCAUUUUGUUAAUUAUACCAUCAGGACCAAAUGCUUUGUUAAUGUUGACACUGCUGAGUAAAACGUUAAUUUCCCGUUCAGAAGUUACAACAUUCGACAAAAUUCGAGAAGUUAGAAUAUAAUCAAAAUCAGCAGGAACAAAAGAACUCAUUCAGUAAUUCUGUUUUGUCCUUUGCAUCGCAAAUCAUGGUUGGGCCCUCAACUAAAGUAGGUACUGUAGCAUGUGAGUUAACAAUGCCCCACCACUAUUAAGAACUUCUAGCCGCGUUAUAAUUUUUGAUCCUUCCACCUCCCCUUCGGCGAUGCGGCGUAUCCCCCUGUCCGUUGUCUGCCUUACGACCCUCUGCCUUUUCAAAAGCUAGCUUCCCAUAACUUAGUUUCGCAAAGACAGUAAGUGGUUGUUCUGAAAGUGAAAAUGGUGUACUAUCCGAUUAUCAAUCCCGCUCUGUAAUGUUAUAACAGCAAAUCCGCCAUGGUGGUCAUCUAAUGUUUUGAACUUUGGUGCUUUGCAGACGAAGGCGAAGGAAGUCUUGAGAAGCUAUCUUGUUUACAUCCUUGAGCAGCGUUUGAGUGAUCCCUCAGUGUGUGACAUCAAUGAACUGAGAUCAUGUGUGCAGAUUUGGACCAACAAGGGCCCUGUUAACCCAACCAAUAAUUCCAUUUACUUUACAAAAAAGUUUGGAAACACCAUUGAUCUUGCUCGUCAGCUUUCCAGUAAGAAUUUUUUUCUAUUUCCCUUUUUGAUCAGUCAUUUCGAUUUCUUUAAUCUUUUAUCUUUCUUACCUUGUUUACCAAUUUAUGGCAUGGAAUUAUGGAAUUGUUGUUGCAUCACCAUUACUUCUUCUCUAUCUAGUUGAAUUUCAUUUUCUCUUAAAUGUGAAAAACGGUGGUAAAGAAAUUUUCACUUGUUCUUUUGAAACGUCGCUUUGUGGCCGUAGAAAUGUUUAUGUACGUUAAUUUACAGGUAUUUCCUGGACUCUUAUCGACGAAUCAUACUUGGACUCAUGUACAGGAUCUAAAGCUCGUAUCAUCGACUGGAAAGCUUUCCUCUCUGAGCUUGGAGUUCAACAUUGUCUUGCCAUUAAAAGGAAGCAAGUGAAACUUCACAGAAACAACAUGGUGAGAUUCCUGUUACACCCGGUUAAAACUAGGGAGAGAUAUUAAGUGGAUAUCUUUUGUCUCAUCUUUUAAGAGUGACGGUGAGGAAAAAUCGAGCAAAAUCUUAAUUUCUAUUAGGUACAUAAGAAACCUGAUGUAGAUUGUUCCCGCCAAAAGCGUUUUAUUUUUUGGAAAAGUUAGAAAAUCGGUUUUUGAUGUCUGAGUCUCCAAAUUGCCCAAUUUUUAACCUGAAAUUCGCUAACAUCGAAUUUCUUUGCGUUCGCAAACAAAGCCGCAUGGAGAAAUUUGGAAACUUUCAAUGAACAGAACGAUUGUUUUUCUUUCACUAGAAGAUACUUGCAGGGCAAUUGCGAGGCUCGUCGUACUGAAAUAAUUCGAAAAUGAGGGAUAGGUUUUAAUGAUAACAAUAACUUAUUUCGUUACUCGUUUUCGACAGCAAUUUGUAACAAGUGGUACAUCUUCAAACUCUCUUCGUGCUAUUUUCAAAUCACUUAUUUAGACAUUCAUCUAGAAAAUACCUGGAAAUUGGUUUGGGUUGUUGAAGGAAAUCUCUGUAAGACGCCGCGAAGUUCAGAAAGUUUCAUGGUAGGCCAGCGGUAAUUGUGUAAACACUACAAAUUUCGAAACGCACAAAAGUAUAUAUUUGAACCCUAAAGGUUCGUUUUUUGUACUUCUUGUAGGUUUCCCCAUUGCAAAGUUGCUUUAGGUAAAAAGGUCAAACUGGGUCAAUUUUAGCCAUUUUGAAUCACUGAACUCAACCAGCAGGCGACUCUGCGUGACAAUCUGUUCCCUGACUGCACCUGACAAAACGUACGUACACCUGUAAUUGAAUUGACGCAGACACCGAGUCGGUGCCUUCAAAAUGACAGUCACGGAGUCACGGUAGUAACGCAAUGCAAUUCUUGGAAACGUAACAUUUCUACGCCGACAGUAUUUUGAAUAAGAAAAAUUAAACGCGCUAGCGUUAUGGUACUCACUUUUUGUAGAGAAAUAAGGCCUUCCACAGCGGUAAUUCGCUAAGGAUGACGGAGAAAGAAGAUUUUUGCUUUGUUAUAUUUCGAAACGAAGAAACUUGGAGCCUUUAAAUAAGUUAUUUUGGUCACGCUUCACUAUAUUUGCCGGACUUGGAUGCUUCCAUUUGGAGGUUGCCUUCAAGAACCCAAGCCAAUUCUCAGGUAUGUUUUAAAUGAAUGUCUAAAUGUGUGAUAAGGCGAGAGCUAAGAAAAUUUGGAGUGAUACCACAUGAAGAAUAAUGCCGCUGAAAGCAACUACUAUUAGUUAUGCCAGUUCAGCGAGUCUCGCUAAUGCUUUGGAAGUAUCUUCUAGUGAAGAAAAAAGUUGAUGGAAAGCGUCCAAAUUUCUUUAUUUACAUAAGUGAUAUACCUAGCAGCUCUGAUAAAUUGAAGUUCUACUUAUUUGCUGAUAAUACCAAUUUGGUAUCUGCUGACAAAGAUCUCAAAUCGCUUGAAUCUAUAUUUAAUGCAGAAAUUUCUAGGGUUUAUAAUUGGCUGAUCGCAAAUAAAUUAUCGCUAAAUAUAAAGAAAUCUGACUUUGUCGUUUCUAGACCAAACAAAAAAAGUUAAAUCGCCAAGUCAACUUGAAAGUAUUUGACCAUCAUAACAACUCGUACAUUUCUUUAGAAUGCAACAAUCAUUUUAAAUAUCUAGGUGUACUUAUUAGUCUCGCUUGCGUAAGCAGCGAGACUCAUAAUCUGCAAUGCGUUUUUCUUCGCAUUUAGGACACAAAAGGGGAGACAUUGUGCUAGGCAUUCCUGGCGGAGACAGUGCAAACUGGAACUAAGAAUCGUUGCGUGACUGAAGCCACGCAUGUUUUGCGAAGAAAGCUUAGGAAAUAUUAAAUGUAGAGCUUUUCCGAAACGUGUCGGUCCACGAAUUCUAUCGCUUGAAAGCGUUGAUUACUUUGGAACAAGUGAACACUACUGAGUGGUCGAAAAAAAGAUAUAAAUCUUAAUUAGCAAAAUUGCGAUGGUCGGGUGUUGUAAAUUUUCACUGUAUGCAAAUGGGUCUUUUGAUGAGCAUGCGGCUUAUUUUUGGCGAUGAUUGAAAUGACUUGCCAUGUAAAUCACUUUUUUGAUCUCUGGCAAUGAUGUAAUUUCUCUGGAAUCGAGGCCGUUGAAUUUUCGUGUAUUUAUACACGCUAUAGCCUGCGACCGCAGACGUAUUUCCGGUCGUCGCACGCGUACUAAAUCAAUUCAGAAACAAAUAAAAAGUGUCGACGUCGAUCAAGUAGGAAGUAAAGAACCCUCAGCGAGUAAAUGCUGUUUCGUGUAGAAUUAAUCGCGUCCUCUUUUCUCGAUCUAAUCUCCAAGCAAGCGAAAUUGAGACUCGUUGUAAGAGCGUUCUUGUCAAUGAAACUCUUUCCUGGAAAUACCAUAUCGCCCACGUCGCUUCAAAUUAUUAUAUUACACUUUGUACCCCUGAAUACUUUACACCACAUAUACAUAUCUCUUAUCCAGCCCUACUUAUUGUAUGGCAUAGUCACUGGGGACUAAGCUGCUAAAACUGUACAAAAACAAAAUUCUUAUACUUCUAAAACACGCCCUCCGCCUCAAGUUCUUCGGUGAUUACAAUUCUCAUGCAGUACCUUAUUUUGUCUCCUCUAGCUUUCUUCCUUUAGAUCUACUCUACUGACUUUGCUACUUUUUCUACUGACUAUUCUAAUGCAUGAUAUAUCUAACAGCUUUACACCUACUAACACACCUAACUUAUUUGCUUCCCAACCUAAUAUUCAUUCGUAUAGUACAGGAUCAUCUUCAAGAGAUGAUUAUGACGUGAAACACUCAAGAUUACACAAACAAAGUCUUUUUCAAGAUAUGGUGUAAAAAAUCUGAAAUAGUCUACCAUAUGAAAUACGUCAAAUGUCCAAAAAUAAUUUUAAAAUCAAUGUUGACGACACUUCACUCCGAAUAAUUUCAGAAGAAAAUGAUUAUAUUGAUUUACCCGACCAAGAGCCAUAAUAGGAUUAUGAUCUCUUGACCCGACUUAAUAACAAAAAAUUCCUGAAAACUCGGCUUCUUCUAUUUGCAAUAUACAUGAUUGUAAACUUAAUUGAAUUGAAUUUAUUUUUUAUUUAGUUAACAUUUUUUACCCUUUUCUCUAGUCUUGCUUGUGAGCUAUUUGUAUAUAAAUAAUGUAGUGUAACCACUGCUCGCCUCGACUUGCUAAUCUGCUAAGUACGGGCAGUGGAUAUUGCUUGCUGUAAAAUUUGGAAUAAUUAAUAAACAGUUGAAAGUAAGGCCAAUUUGAGCCUCCGACCACGGAAACGGAUAUUCUUACUUUUCUCGACAAUAAAAGGCUUUUUGGGAGAAAAAUUUAUAUCAGAUUACUUAUCUACCUAAAAGCUAUAUUUGGACGAAAAAAGUGAAAGAAAUCGAUUUUUUCAACUCGUGCCACUCGAUGUUCGAUAUUUCCUGACCGUCGGACUUAAUCACAAAAAAGGAAAAGUAUAUGUAUUAUUACCCCAUGCCAUAGAGAUUACAGCCACCAAAAUACGUCUAAAAGCUCGUGUGUAUUCAUACUUAAAAGGAUAAGUCACUCAUAGAAUAUUUCAAGGUAUGCCACCCGAUCGCAUUGCUUGACUUGUAUGGCCGGGUAGGGUUAAUUUAAUCGUGGAGCACUUCAAUAUCCUUAACACAUAGAGACUAAGGCUUAUUACUUGAUUUCUUAUAUAAUAUGUAAUUUUGGAAACCACUUUCAAAGCUAUCAUAAUCUGAAAUCGACUCACUUCAGUGAUAACUGGUAAGUAAUUUUGCAAAAUGCUUGACUACGGUUUUUAUUGUAAAGUAGGAGUCAAGGAAAUCAAAUUUUACUUCAUACUUUUCAUUGGUAGGAGAUCAUUCUCACCCUUUUCCACCUUUUUAGGCACAAACUCCCUGGGCGUCCAACGAAGCAGUUUGGCAAACAACUCCAGACGGUUGUUACGUCGUCGAGGACUGCGCUUGCGAAGAAUUUGAAGAAUUUCUGAGCAAGAUUGCUGAACCGACUGCUGACCGUCAAAGCAUCUAUCGUCAAUCCACUAUUCUGGCGCAGUGGAUCGACGAACGCUGGGAUAGCGAGUAUUCACAGUACGCAGAUGCCUUGGUACGCGUCAAAGAUAGCAAUGACCAUAUUCUCGGAGAAACUCGUUCAUCCUUCUAUUUAAAUCUUGUUUUGAAUCCAUGGAUGUCAGCCAGCGAUGGGCAAACAAUUUACAUACCGAGAGACCUUUUCAUCUGGAAUGAAGCGGUUGGCAGGCUACUGGAGGAUCACGUGAAGUAUUUAGCGGCUGAUUUAAAAAACAGUAGAUUUGUUAAGACCUUGCAAAUUCAUGAAUCAGUUAAUGUGGAUGGUAUGAUAAGCGAGAUGAAGAAGUGGUCCACUGCUUCAAGCGUAACUAACAAAGAAUCCCCAACAAAAGAGUUUACCACAUCACUGGCACACAUGAGUGAAGUCUACUCUUUCUUGUACAACAAAAUGGUGCAAAACGAGGAACAGAGAAAGAAAGUGUGCGAUGCAUUUCUUAAAAAUGCAUUGGUGUUUGUCCCGUUUCGGUCGGCGUCGACUUCAUGCAUUAAACCUCAACUAAAGCAUAAGUUACCUGGCUCGUUUCACGUUUUGAAGGAUGUCUGCUGGCGAGACCCGACUGAGGUAGCUUUAAAGCUACUCAGGGACCACGGCAAAGUAACAACAAAGCAUCUGCUGGAGGGAUUUUACCACAGUUUGUCCAAGGCUUCUGGCCAGCAAAGUCUUGCAACUUUCUUCGUCGAUCAACUCAAAGUGGACGAAACACCCAAUGUGGAUGAGUACCUUGAGAUGGCAUCAACUGUUGCUGAACUUGCUGGUUUGCCUUCUCCGUUGCCGUUGAAUGACAUGUUGAAAGUAUUUGCCAUUUUAGGUAGGAAAUGUAUUGCACGUGGCCACAGAGAUAGCGUACCUAUAGAAAGCGAAGUUGACGUAAAUAUGGCGUCGUUUAUCAGACAGUCCUUGGAUACCAGUCUCAAAUGCAUUUUUCCUUCUUCGGGGAAAUGGGUUUCACUUUCAGAUAAGCCUCUUCUACUCGACAACAAGUCUCUCGGCAAAAUUUUUCAGAAGGAAAGUGGCGUUCACUUCAUCGACCUCGGCGAUUUUUUUCAAGAUCCAAGGAAGCGUUCCACCGUGGAAAAUCGUAAGUUUGUGAACGAAAAAGAAGAAAUGAAGCACAAUGUUUUCCUGUUUUUGAAAGCUUGUGACAUACAGCGGUUAAGUGAAUGCGUAAAGAGAGAUUUUACCCCCACAUUAGUAAAGUACCAAUGUGUGCCUCUACAGAAGUAUAUUCAUCAGAUGAUACCACCGGUGCAACGUUUUCUGUAUUUCAAAAAACAACCAGUGUAUGAAGAACUGAAAAAUGAGAAAUUCGCAGAAAAACUGCAACAAAUGCAGUUUGCUUCGGUGGGAAAACUGGAAACAGUUUAUUCACUUAGUACUCACCCCGAUAUUCAUAUUGUAAUUGAAGAAAAGUCUGGAGUCCAGCCUGUGGGUUCCAGCUUCUGUUUUUAUGUAGCAGAAGAGCACCAGGAAAAUUAUGAUGUCUUGAAUGGUGAAAUGGUGAAACUGCUACGAGUGAAGAGGCAGGACUCCUCGGACCUCAGAAACUUCCUGGUUGCUGUGAAGAAUUACAGUGGUGGCGACUUUGAGUUCUUUUUAGAAGAAGUCCAAGGCUUAGAACCUUUACCCGAUGAAGAAGAACCUUGGUGUGUGCCCCCUCCUCAAGUACUGGAAGAAGUUGUACAAGAAGCUUCGAAAGACGUAGUUCCGAGUCUUAACGCAAAUAUUUCAUUGCCAAACCGAGUUGGCGAUGAUGGUCUUCAUUCCUGGCCUCCAAAGUCCUCCGCACAAUUUGACAAGACCUUAAAGCGUGAAGCAGAAUUGAAUAGCGACAGUACUCUUAAGAUGUGGCCACCCCCAGCGCCUCCUGAUUCUGUGAAGAAAUCUUUGGAGGAGAAAGUCCAAAUCCAAGGACGACCAAUUCAGCCUUUAGUUGAUACGGAAAGACCAAACGAUCGAGAAGGUACGAGAGAACCAGAUGACAGGACGGAGGUCAUGCCUCGGCGAAACAGUAAGACUCUAAUCAUGGAAGCAGCAAAGAGGGAAGAGAAUUAUCAAACUUCCUCACUGAAUGAUCCAAAUCCUGUGAAAGGUAAUGAUGUUACUUUAGAAAGAGUUGCAAACGAUUCGCUUUGUGAUGAAAAAACGGAAAGUGUGCAGGAUGUGUUGCCUUUGGGAGCACAAUCUCCACCAAAUCCUGAACGGAUCUGUACCCUGCCAGUCCCCGCAUGUGAUGCAAGGCAAACCUCACCCCCUCGCGCUUAUCUCAGUUUCAACGAAGAGGCAACCGAAAUAGACUACGAUGAUCUCUCCUUGAAUGAUGGCGACCUUAAAGUCUUGAAUGGUAUACAACUUGGUGAGAACCCAAACAGCGAAGAAGUCGGUCGAUGGGGAGAAGGAUGUGUUUAUGAGUUUCUUCUCAAGCAAGUCAAAGUCUUUCCUUCAGCUGAAAAUGUGGAUAUUAUUUGGUUGAACGAGGAAGCUAACACUACUGCACCUUACGAUAUUGAGAUUCGACGACAUAUUACCGGAGUAAACCAAGAGGCCGAAUCUAAGACCGUUAUCACCUAUAUCGAGGUCAAGACGACGUCCUCUGAUCAGAAGGAAUUUUUUGAAAUUUCUGUUCCAGAGUUGCGGUUUGCGUUGGAGAAAAAAGAAGCGCUUCAUUUGUAUCGCGUUUUUAACGCUGGAAAACCAGGAUGCUUGCGAAUCCGUCGCCUAAAAAAUCUUGCCUCUCAUCUGGAAAAGAAAAAUGUUAAACUGUUCAUGGUAAUCUGA